AUGGUUUCAAACGUCAGCUUCCGAGAACAACUAAAGAGAAUGCGGCCCAGUUUUAAAAUCGACAGGUCCGGACAAAACGGCUCUGCCGAUGAAGAGGGUCAGAGUCACGCCAACGAGCAUACGCCCUUGGUCGGCAACCAGAACGGCGGUGGCUCGUCCCACAAUGGUCGUGGCUUCUGGGGCCAGGUGUUCCUUGGGAAGCACACGCCCGGGUUGGACAGUCCGAACCCCUUCGUAAAGUGGCCGGUGCAUGUCUGGAACGUGCUCAAGAUCACGUUGCUCAGUAACUAUGUCAAUGUCCUCUUGUUCUUCGUCCCACUCGGUAUUGUUGCCGGUGUGUGCGAGUGGAGCCCCACGCUUGUCUUCACCCUCAACUUCUUAGCCAUCGUACCUCUGGCAGCCAUCCUGUCCUUUGCCACCGAGGAGAUCUCGUCCAAACUGGGCGAGACUCUCGGCGGUCUGCUCAAUGCCACAUUUGGCAACGCCGUUGAGCUUAUUGUGAGUAUCAUUGCUCUGCAGAACAACCAAAUCGAAGUGGUCAAGUCCUCCAUGCUGGGGUCCAUCCUCUCCAACCUGUUGCUGGUCAUGGGCAUGUGCUUCUUCCUUGGUGGAAUAUUCAACAUGCGUGACGCCCGCGGCAAUGGCAGGGAGCAGGUCUUUGCUUCCGGCACAGCCCAGACUGCCUGCUCCCUGAUGACCCUCUCUUCGGCAUCUCUGGUUAUCCCUGCUACUCUUUUCAUGGUCCUCGAAAGUGACAAGGAUAAAGCCGCCGCACACAAGAGCGUUCUGAUACUUUCCCGCGGGACGGCUAUUAUUUUGCUGCUGCUCUACUGCCUCUACCUGUUCUUCCAGCUGAGGACGCACAAGAACCUGUUCAACCCUGAGGUGCCAGAGAACUCGGACGACGAGGAGGACGAGGAAGAAGCCGAAGAGGCAUCUAUGAGCGCCUGGUCGGCAGCGGCAAUCCUCAUCCUCACGACGAUUGUGAUUUCAUUCUGCGCGGACUACCUCGUCGACGCCAUCGAUCCUAUUGUUGAGACUGGCGCAGUCAGCAAGAAUUUCAUUGGCCUCAUUCUUAUCCCUAUUGUGGGCAAUGCCGCAGAACACGUCACGGCCUGUGUCGUGGCAAUUAAGAACAAGAUGGACCUGGCUAUGGGAGUUGCUGUUGGUUCCAGUGUGCAAAUCGCCCUCCUCGUUACACCAUUCCUUGUCCUGCUUGGCUGGGCCAUCGAUCGGCCUAUGGACUUCCAAUUCGAGACGUUCGAAACGGUUUCUUUCUUCAUCUCUGUCCUUGUUGUCACCUACGUUGUGCAGGAUGGCAAGUCGAAUUACCUCGAAGGAGCUAUGCUGUUCGGUUUAUACGUUAUCAUCGCCUUGGCUUUCUACGCUACCCCCAGUGACGCCCUCAACAACAUGAUGGCUUCCAUCUUCUAA